AUGAACGCCGUCGACGCCUCGGACCACUACGAGGUCUCCUCGCACGAGGCCACUCCUUCCCUCCUGUCCAUCGUCAUCGACACGAACCCUCGAGCCUGGGCCGCCCUCAACGAUAUCCUCCCACUCUCAAAGGCCAUCGCCAACAUCCUCGUCUUCGUCAACGCCCACCUCGCCUUCAGCAAUGCGAAUCAGGUCGCCAUCAUCGCCUCCCACAGCAACCGCGCCGUAUGGCUAUACCCCUCAAAGCCCGGCGCCGCAAACUCUGAAGAUGUCGCAAUGACGGGCGUCGACUCCUUUGCGCCCACGCCGAACCAGUCCUCGGCCAACAAGUUCCCCCAGUUCGCUCAGAUCGAGGCCGCCGUCAUGGCCGGGAUGCGCCAGCUCGUCGACGCAACCACCGAGGCCGACCUGGCCUGCACGACGACCCAGCUCUCGGGCGCCCUCACCCUCGCCCUCACCCACAUCAACAAGACCUCCCUCUCCCUCAACGAGACCAACAAGGCCCCCGACGCCGCCCGCCCGACCUCCUCCGCCCUCAGCCGCCUCCGUGCCCGAAUCUUCAUCCUCUCCGUCUCCGACUCGGAGCCCGUACAGUACAUCUCCACCAUGAACGCCGUCUUCGCCGCCGCCCACUCCCAGAUCCCCAUCGACACCCUCGCCCUCUCCGGCGACGCAACCUUCCUCCAGCAGGCGAGCUACAUCACCGACGGCACCUUCAUGCAGGCCGCCAGCCCCCGCGGCCUCCUCAGCUACCUCAUGUUCGCCUACUCCGCCGACGCAGAGGCACGCUCCUCCCUCAUCCCGCCCACCCAUCACACCGUCGACUUCCGCGCCGCCUGCUUCUGUCACGGCCGCGUUGUCGACACGGGCUUCGUCUGCAGCAUUUGCCUCAGCAUCUUCUGCGACGUGCCCGAGAACUCAGAGUGCCUCACAUGCGGCACCAAGCUCUCUCUCGGCAGCUACGGCGCCAAGCCUGCCGUCAUACCGCGAAGGAAAAAGAAGAAGAAGAAGACGGUCCUAGCAAACGGCCAUAUUAGGGAGGAAACGGGCAGCGCAGCGGGCACCCCUCGCCCAGGAUAA